CCCAACCAGGGUCCCGCGGGACGGCCGGGAAUCCCAGGAGCCGAGGGGAUGCGCGGCCCCCCUGGGACCACCUUGAUGCUGCCGUUCCAGUUUGGCGGGGAUGCCCUCAAGGGCCCCUCUGUCUCCUUCCAAGAGGCCCAGGCUCAGGCCAUCCUGCAGCAGGCCAAGCUCUCCAUGAAGGGCCCCCCAGGCCCCAUGGGUCUCACCGGCCGCCCGGGACCGCUGGGGCUCCCGGGACAUCCCGGCUUGAAAGGAGAUGCUGGAGACCUGGGGCCUCAGGGCCCCCGGGGGCCGCCCGGGCUGCAGGGGCCGCCGGGGAAGCCGGGACGGCGGGGGAGUGGCGACGUGGGGCAGCCGGGGACGCCGGGGCCCCCCGGACGCCGGGGCCCCCAGGGAGAUUCAGGGGGAUCCAGGCGGAGACGCUUGGCUCUGCACCUGGAGGAGAUCCAGGGCGAUCCAGUGGAUCCGCUCAGCUCCAUUGGGUGGAUUCAGGGGGAUCCAGGGGGAUCCGGGGGGAGGCACUUGGCUCUGCACCUGGAGGAGAUCCAGGGGGAUCCAGCAGAUCCACUCAGCUCCAUUGAGGGGGAUCCAGGGGGAUCUGGGGGAGACACUUGGCUCUGCACCUGGAGAUCCAGGGGGAUCCAGCGGAUCCGCUCAGCUCUGCCCCGUCUCCUGCAGGGCCCUGACGGGCUCCCGGGACCCCGCGGGCAGCCUGGAGAAGCGGGCAUGCGAGGUCCGACCGGAUCCUCCCCCGGCCCGCCAGGACCGCCGGGUGCCGGAGGCAUCGACGGAGCUCCCGGACCUGAGGGCAGCGCGGGCCCUGAAGGUGCCCCCGGACCCAUUGGCUACCCAGGACCGCGCGGGGUGAAGGGAGCCUUCGGAGCCCGCGGCCUCAAGGGCAACAAGGGGGAGCAGGGAGAAGACGGAUUCCCUGGCUUCAAGGGGGACAUGGGUCCCAAGGGGGACAGGGGGAUCCAUGGGGAACCGGGACCCCCGGGACAACAGGGCAACCCCGGCACGCAGGGGCUGCCAGGCCCCCAGGGUCCCGUGGGGCUGCCGGGGGACAAGGGUCAUCCCGGCCGAGAGGGACCAGCCGGAGAGAAGGGGCUGCAGGGCCCUGAAGGUGCCCCCGGACCCAUUGGCUACCCAGGACCGCGCGGGGUGAAGGGAGCCUUCGGAGCCCGCGGCCUCAAGGGCAACAAGGGGGAGCAGGGAGAAGACGGAUUCCCUGGCUUCAAGGGGGACAUGGGUCCCAAGGGGGACAGGGGCGAUCAGGGUCCCCUGGGCUCCCGGGGCGAGGACGGUCCCGAGGGACCCAAGGGGCAGACGGGUCCCGUGGGUGACGCAGGGCCGCUCAGCUCCCGUCUCCCAUAGGGAAAGCUGGGCCUCCCCGGGCUCCCCGGCUACCCCGGACGCCAGGGCCCCAAGGGCUCCGCUGGCUUCCCAGGUGCCGUGGGGCUGGCGGGAGAGAAAGGCAAGAGGGGCAAGGCUGGCCAGGCCGGGCAGACAGGACAGCGGGGACCCCCGGGCCUGCCGGGAGAGCGGGGGCUGCCCGGAGCCACGGGGGCACCCGGACCCAAGGGCCACGCGGGACAUGACGGAGCCCCCGGUGCCACCGGGGAGAAGGGUCCACAGGGUCCCCAGGGCCCCAACGGAUUCCCUGGCACCAAAGGGCCACCCGGUCCCGCUGGGAAGGAUGGCUUGCCGGGACACCCGGGGCAGCGCGGAGAGCCGGGAUUCCAUGGGAAAACGGGACCGCCGGGCUCUGCCGGCGUGGUGGGACCCCAGGGAAAAUCCGGAGAGACGGGAGCGGUGGGAGACAGGGGGCAUCCGGGUCCCCCCGGCCCCCCGGGAGAGCAGGGGCUGCCCGGAGCCGCCGGCCGGGAAGGAGCCAAGGGUCCGGCCGGCCUCAAGGGCGGGGAAGGCCCCCCCGGCCCCCCGGGACCCACAGGCUCUCCCGGCGAGCGAGGCCCUACGGGAGCAGCCGGAGGCAUCGGAAUGCCGGGACGCGGUGGGGCGCAGGGAGCCCCCGGUCCCACGGGAGAGAAGGGCGCUCCGGGCGAGAGGGGUCCGAUGGGUCCGGCGGGACACGAUGGCAUCCAGGGGCCCGUGGGGCUGCCGGGUCCCGGAGGCCCUCCCGGCCCAUCCGGAGAAGACGGCGACAAGGGCGAGACGGGGCUGCCGGGGCAGAAGGGCAGCAAAGGCGACAAGGGCGAAGCGGGCCUGCCGGGACCAUCGGGAAUCCAGGGACCCCCGGGACACCCUGGGCCUGCGGUGAGUGACCAUGGAAUGUGCUCCCCCCUAUCCCAAGGGAGCAUCCCGGUCUGGAUGCAGUGUCUGGAUCUGGAUGCAUAUCUGGAUCUGGAUGCGUUAUCCAGAUCUGGAUGCAGUAUCCGGAUCUGGAUGCAGUAUCCGGAUCUGGAUGAAGUAUUUGGAUCUGGAUGCAGUAUCCAGAUCUGGAUGCAGUAUCCGGAUGUGGAUGCAGGAUCUGGAUAUGGAUGCAGGAUCCGGAUCUGGAUGUGGGACCGCCCGGAGCGCCGGGACCGCGUGGGCCGCCCGGAACCAGCGGAGCAGAGGUGGGUCCAGCCGCUGCCGGGCCAGCCCUGCCACUGGAUGGGCAGAGGGGAUCACCCCAUCCCGGUGUCCGGGGAGCCGGGAGAAGCGGGAGACCCCGGAGCUCCGGGAGAGCCCGGAUCAUCCGGUCAGGAUGGCGCCGCUGGAGACAAGGGUGACAGCGGGGACCCGGGGCUGCCGGGCCCCCCUGGUGCUGGGGGAGAGCCGGGACCGCCGGGACCCCCUGGACGGAGGGGACCAGUGGGGCUGGCCGGGCGCGAGGGCCGACAGGGAGAGAAGGGAGCCAAGGGCCAGCCCGGCACGGAGGGGCCACCCGGGAAGACGGGUCCCACGGGGGCCCAGGGCCCCCCGGGGCGGCCGGGCUCCGAAGGGCUCCGUGGGAUUCCCGGUCCGGCUGGUGAGCAGGGUCUGCUGGGACCCCCAGGACAAGCGGGACCCCCCGGCCCCCUGGGUCCCGUGGGAUUGCCCGGCCUCAAGGGAGACCCCGGGAACAAGGGAGACAAGGGCCACGCUGGACUGAUUGGACUCAUUGGACCGCCAGGAGAGAUGGGGGAGAAGGGAGACCGGGGGCUCCCGGGUGCCCAGGGCCCCCCCGGACCCAAGGGAGACCCCGGACCCCUGGGCCAGAAGGGCUCCAAAGGCUCUCCGGUGAGUGCCGGGAUGCAGGCGGUGGGAGCAUCCCGUAGGGAAGAGCUAGGGAUCAGCGGGAUCGGCCUCGCCGGCCACCCGCCCAUUCCAGUUGCUUGCAGGGCGCGCUGGGUCCCAGAGGAGACACCGGCCCCCCCGGCCCCCCGGGACCCCCGCCCCGUGCGGGCCCUCCACGACGGCUGCCAGCACCGCCGGGGUCAGGAGCGGACGGUGCUCGAGGUGGCCUCAUCCCGCGUGGAGCGGCUCCCGCUGUCCGACGUGGCCGUGUCCGACUUCGGCGACGCCAACCAGAAGUUCGGCUUCGAGCUGGGGCCCGUCUGCUUCCUGGGCUGA